GACGACUUCAAGCUCAAUUCAACCUCUCGCUCAGACACGAUGAGACCGCUCAUUCUGUUCCACCCGCAGCUGAGGGCUGUCCUGCCCCGGAGUGCUCGGCGGAGCCUCAACAACAAGCUAUUUGCCCGGCCGAAGACCACGGAGAAGGCUACUCGAAGCCCCAAGGACGAAGCACCUUUCAUCAAAAAGCCCCUGCAGGAAGUUCGCAGCCUAUUUCCUCAAAAGCAGCUCGACCCGGGCACUUACGCCUAUGGAAAGCUCACGAUGCGAAAAGGACCUCCGGAGUUGAUCCUCAUAUACAAUGGUGGUAUGAACAAAACCAUGCUCCUGGCUGCGUUGAAGAUCACUACCAUCAUGCUGUACGGCGCGACAGCCCUCUUCAUCGCACCACAUUUCCUAUCCGGCGAGUAUCCCAGCUGGUAUUUCCCAGCAAUUAUCCUCGGCGGUGCAGUUCCAAUGGUAUUCAUGGCAUAUAAUGGAGCCACCUGGGUCUGCUACGUUCAUCUUUUCCUCCCGAUGUUCGCUCGACAGUCUCGGCAGGCAGCCGAGAAUUAUGCGAGAAACCUUCCUCCCACCGCGAGGCUAUACAUCACAACCAUGGGGUUCACAACUAGACCUGUCCGGACCGAAGUGAAACUGGGAGACUUAGUCCCCGAAUACACGCUUAGGCGUCCGGUGGCCUUCAAAAACUUGCGUCCUUCACCCGGAACAAGAUGGUUUCGGCCGCAGACAGAGUUCUGGGCGGCGAACAAAAGUCACACUGGGAAACAGUCAACAGCUUUCUAUCCUCACUUGUGGCCAAGGGUGUGGUCGCAAAUCGAGCAGAAUGGAGUGCAGAAUGCAUCAUGAUAGAGUUGCAAAGGACUCGGCGUUGGGGAGUUAACUGUGAGGUGAAUGAUAUAGAAGUUACUUAUUAUUGUGAAAUCCGACCAGACACACUUGAUAUCAGUACAACAUCUGUUAAGGGUUAACUGAAACCCACCGAUCAUUAUACAGUUUGAUUCCUGGUCAAGUGGAGACAGGAGCUCUUCACUCUCAUGCUAGACCGUGUUAUG